UUCACUUUUCCCCGCAUCUGGUAGGGGAAUAAUCCUUAUAUUUCUCCCUCGCCGUCUUCCUUCCACAUUUCAUUUUCUUUUCUCUUGAAAUAGAAUUACUCAACUCUGUUGAUCUCUUAUUUUCCUCAUCUUUUUCGAUGGCCAAGCUGGGAUUAGGCGAAUCUUAACCAAAUUCUCCAAAUUGUGCCUUAACAGAGAGUCGCAGCUCCCCAACAGGGUGAAGAAAGCCUCUCACUUUUUAUUCUUCAUGCAGAGAUAUUAAAUCAUAUAAUGUUUUUGGUUUCAUGAAAAUCAUGGGGCACAUUAUUAUUGUGGUUGCUUUAGCACGGGCCGUAAAAACCAAAAAGCAAAAAAAACGCCCUACGGGAGGAUGGUUGUCAGAGUUCUUUAUUAUUUCUGCAAGAAAGAUUAAAACAGAAGAGGAUGGAUGGAUAAAAGUUAUGCCACUGGACUUAUGGCAGCCGUGGCAAAUUGUGGCUCUCAAAAUGCUGGAGAUUCAUAUUUUCGUGACCUUGUCAAUCGACUUUUGACGCUGAGGACAAGAAACCAAGCUGUUUAUCUGAUCAGUAAAUCUUAGAAGAUUGCGACAAAAAAGAAACGUAUAUUUUAUCAUAGCAGAGGGGAGGGUGGUGCUGCUAUGGCCAGGAGGAAGCAUGGGCGAUUUCUUUUAACUUCUUCUAUAUGACGUUCUUGUUCAUUUGAUGUCUCGUAUAUCUUCAUGUCGGAAACAGAGAGUCUGCUCAGUGAUUUACGCCCGCCUUCCUUUCCUUCUACAGUUCUACUCUUUACUUUCUGUUAAGGGGAAGGGGAGUUGAUGUAACGAAGAGAAGCUAAGACCGCGUUUCUGUUGGUAAAUGGCGCGAGUAAAAGUUUAAAGCUUCCGUUGGUUCUGAGUACGUGAGAGGAAUAUAAUAUUUGCUUGUUUUGAAUCCAUGGACACCUGAUAGCUUGUGACUUUGUUUGUCAUCCGAUAUGUGGUGCGGGCGAUGUGGGCCAUUUUCUCUCAUCGUCAAGGACGUUAGACGGUUGCUUCCGGAUUUUCUUGCUUAGCAGAUUCCAUAUGCUAUAUACCAAUACAAAAGUUUGGACUCAUUGUUCUUUUAUCAAGAUUAAACUGGUAUAAAUUGUGUAUUUCAGCAUGAAAUUCCGGGAAGUUCGGCAAUUUAUGCGGAGAUAAGAAAGCAUGACCUUUCUCCGGCAAAGCAGAAGGCCGCAUCUGUACUUUUAUAUCGACAUCUGAAGUGAAUCGAAAGCGUUUAUGCCGGGGAGUAAGUAUCACAGUAAUCCUGGCAUCCCUGCCAGUAGAUUGGAGAGGUUGUUGAGAGAAAGAGAGUUGAGGAGAAGUAGCAGAGGAAGCAAUUCGGGAGAUGAGAAUCUUGAUCACAGGGAGAAUAGUGUGCUUGAGAACGAAGCCAGCAUAAGCGGGAGCGACGUCUGCAACGAGAACUUGCUGGAGGCGGUUGCCUCUGCAGUCACGAAUUCUCAUGGGGAGAUAUGUAGGAAAGAAGAUGGAAGGCCUGCGAAGCAGAGAUUGUUGGUGGUGGCUAACCGGCUUCCUGUCUCCGCAAUCAGGAAAGGCGAAGAUUCAUGGACGCUGGAGAUCAGCGCUGGAGGUCUGGUCAGUGCGCUUCUCGGUGUCAAGCAGUUUGAGACCAAGUGGAUUGGAUGGGCCGGUGUCAAUGUACCAGAUGAAAGUGGUCAGAAGGCGCUUACCAAAGCAUUAGCUGAAAAGAGAUGCAUACCUGUAUUUCUUGACGAGGAAACAGUUCACCAGUAUUACAAUGGCUACUGCAACAAUAUUCUGUGGCCUCUUUUUCAUUACCUGGGGCUUCCUCAAGAGGACCAGCUUGCUACAACCCGCAGUUUCCAGUCCCAGUUUGAUGCAUACAAGAAAGCCAAUAAAAUGUUUGCUGCUGUGGUCAAUGAACAUUACCAAGAUGGUGAUGUCGUGUGGUGCCAUGAUUAUCAUCUGAUGUUUCUUCCUAAGUUCCUGAAGGAGUAUAACAGCAACAUGAAAGUUGGUUGGUUCCUUCAUACCCCUUUUCCUUCAUCUGAGAUCCACAGGACGUUGCCUUCCCGGUCAGAACUACUAAGAGCUGUUCUUGCUGCUGAUUUAGUGGGUUUCCACACAUAUGACUAUGCAAGACAUUUCGUCAGUGCAUGCACCCGUAUCCUUGGGCUUGAAGGCAUGCCAGAAGGUGUAGAGGAUCAGGGAAGACUAACCCGAGUUGCUGCGUUUCCUAUUGGGAUAGACUCAGAAAGAUUCAUUCGAGCACUAGAGCUCCCGCAGGUCCAAGAGCAUAUCAAAGAGCUGAAAGAAAGGUUUGCUGGAAGAAAGGUUAUGUUAGGUGUUGAUCGUCUUGACAUGAUCAAAGGAAUUCCUCAGAAGAUUUUGGCAUUUGAAAAGUUUCUGGAAGAAAAUGCCAGGUGGCGUGAUAAAGUCGUUCUGCUGCAAAUAGCUGUUCCUACCAGAACUGAUGUCCCUGAGUAUCAAAAGCUUACGAGUCAGGUUCAUGAGAUUGUUGGCCGCAUCAAUGGCCGAUUUGGUACACUGACAGCAGUACCCAUCCAUCAUCUGGACCGCUCGCUUGAUUUUUAUGCUUUAUGUGCACUAUAUGCAAUCACUGAUGUGGCGUUAGUUACCUCCCUGCGUGAUGGGAUGAAUCUUGUCAGCUAUGAAUUUGUUGCAUGCCAAGAUUCAAAAAAAGGAGUUCUCAUUCUUAGUGAAUUUGCAGGAGCUGCACAAUCUCUUGGUGCUGGUGCUUUACUUGUUAACCCAUGGAAUAUAACUGAAGUUGCUUCUUCGAUUGGAUGUGCUUUAGAUAUGGCAGAGGAUGAGAGAGAAAAAAGGCACAGGCAUAACUUUGAACAUGUAACCACACACACUGCCCAGGUCUGGGCUGAAACUUUUGUGAGUGAACUUAAUGAUACCAUAGUUGAAGCUCAGCUGAGAACAAGGCAAGUGCCACCUUCUCUUCCAGUUAAAACUGCUGUAGACCGCUAUUUGCAGGCGAGAAAUCGGUUAUUAAUACUGGGAUUCAAUGCAACAUUGACAGCACCAGUGGAUGCUCCAGGAAGAAGGGGUGCUGAUCAAAUUAAGGAGAUGGAAACUUCUUUGCACCCAGAUUUGAAAGAACCUCUUACAAUUCUCUGCGCUGAUCCAAAAACAACAAUUGUUGUACUCAGUGGAAGUGAUAGGAAUAUGUUAGAUGAGAAUUUUGGGGACUAUAACCUGUGGCUGGCUGCUGAAAAUGGUAUGUUUUUGCGCCUUACAAAAGGAGAAUGGAUGACUACGAUGCCUGAGCACCUAAACAUGGACUGGGUUGAGAGUGUACAGGAUGUUUUUGAUUAUUUCACAGAAAGAACGCCUCGCUCUUAUGUUGAGGUUCGAGAAACUUCUCUAGUAUGGAACUUCAAGUUUGCCGAUGUUGAAUUUGGGAGGCUUCAAGCAAGGGAUAUGCUGCAGCAUUUAUGGACUGGGCCUAUCUCAAAUGCUGCAGUGGAUGUCGUACAAGGUAGCCGGUCUGUUGAGGUCAGGCCUGUCGGAGUUACAAAGGGUGCUGCAAUUGACAGAAUCUUGGGAGAAAUAGUUCAUAGCAAGUGUUUGGCAACACCAAUAGAUUAUGUUCUUUGCCUUGGCCACUUUCUGGGAAAGGAUGAAGACAUCUAUUCCUUUUUUGAUCCGGAGUUGCCAAGGGAUGCACUGGGAACAACAAGAGGGAAGGUGUUGGAAUCUGUUAAAUCAUUUCCAGAUAGACGGAUGAUGCAUAGAUGUUCUUCUUUAAAAAACAGUGGAAAGUCGAACCAUGGCCGGCCACGCAGGUCAACCUCAUUCUCGGAGAGGAGAACAUCGAGCCAGAAUGGUGGAAACUACAGGCACCAUCAGGAGAAUGCCGCUUGGCAUGAAGGCUCAUCGGUGCUUGAUCUCAAGGGUGAAAAUUACUUCUCCUGUGCAGUUAGUAGGAAAUGCUCUACGGCACGUUACCUUCUCCCUUCGGAGGAAGUAGUGUCUUUUUUGAAAGAACUGGCAGAGGCAAGCCGUAUUGCUGACGGCUGAUUACGGUAGCCAAGUGUGCUCUCCUGGAGUUCUUUAUCCUUUCUCCUUUAUGGCAGCUUCCCAGAUUAUCCAAUAUCAGUUAAGUUUAUAUGUGGUGGUGACUGCUGAGUUCUGGUAUCUAGAUAGUUCUAGUUGUAUGUUUUUCUGACCUUAUUGAUUCAUCUGAUUCUUCUAGUCACAGUGCAACGGUUUUCUUUCCAUAUCUUCAGUCUUAUGCCUCUUAAAAUGAGCUUUGAUUGGGAGUUGCGAAGGGGAAGGGGGGAGGGGGAAUUGGUUUCGCUACCUCCUAUGGUUCUGCAACAAGGGCAUUUAUGAUUUUUUUUUUCAAAGAAUGAUUGGUGAGACUGUUUUCAUGUGCAUGUGAGGUGCCUCAGUGUGUGUCUGCAUCUGUACAAGAUUGUGUAUGAUAUUCUUUUUACUGUAGAUACGAUGCUUUUGUCAUAAUUCCAAGAUUUUGAGUGACAACAGUUUGAAAGUCAGGCA